GCCAUGGAUUUAGUUCUAAACUAACCUUAGUUUUGAUUCUUUUCUAGAAUUACAAGUCAUUCGCGUAUUUGGGUUGUAAUUUUGUAAUGGAAGGAUUAGAAGCAAUUUUAAGUGAAAAAGAUGAAGGCAGUCCUGCCGAACACAAACAAACGUUGCAAGACCUGGAUGUUGAGGAUCUGUAUACGAAAUACAAGAAACUGCAGCAGUUGCUCGAGUUUUUAGAGGUGCAAGAGGAGUACAUCAAGGAUGAGCAACGUAAUCUGAAGAAGGAAUAUUUGCACGCUCAGGAAGAAGUGAAGCGUAUUCAAUCUGUACCGCUUGUCAUCGGUCAGUUUCUGGAAGCUGUCGAUCAGAACACAGGUAUUGUUGGUUCAACAACUGGCUCAAAUUACUACGUGAGAAUACUGUCGACAAUUGAUCGCGAACUGUUGAAACCUUCUGCGAGUGUUGCAUUACAUAAACAUAGUAAUGCUCUUGUUGACGUGUUACCUCCAGAAGCAGACUCUUCGAUUAGCAUGCUGCAAGCCGAUGAGAAACCGGAUGUACAGUACAGCGAUAUCGGUGGUAUGGAUAUGCAGAAGCAGGAGAUAAGGGAAGCGGUCGAACUUCCUCUAACUCACUUUGAGUUAUACAAACAAAUUGGCAUCGAUCCCCCUCGAGGUGUCUUAAUGUACGGACCACCAGGGUGUGGGAAAACUAUGCUUGCGAAAGCUGUUGCUCAUCAUACUACCGCCGCCUUCAUACGUGUCGUUGGUUCCGAGUUUGUACAAAAAUACCUAGGUGAGGGGCCUCGUAUGGUACGAGACGUGUUCCGUCUGGCCAAGGAAAAUGCGCCUGCGAUUAUAUUCAUCGAUGAAAUUGACGCAAUCGCCACCAAACGUUUUGAUGCGCAAACUGGAGCAGAUCGUGAAGUUCAGCGAAUUCUAUUGGAACUGUUAAAUCAAAUGGAUGGAUUUGAUCAAACCACAAAUGUUAAAGUCAUUAUGGCUACCAAUCGUGCAGAUACCCUGGAUCCUGCAUUGUUACGUCCUGGUAGAUUAGAUAGAAAAAUUGAAUUCCCUUUGCCAGAUCGUCGCCAAAAACGGUUAAUUUUUAGCACAAUUACAACAAACAUGAAUUUAUCUGAAGAGGUCGACUUGGAAGAUUAUGUAGCUCGUCCUGAUAGAAUUUCUGGUGCCGACAUAAACGCCAUUUGUCAAGAAGCAGGGAUGCAUGCAGUUCGUGAGAAUCGCUACAUAGUUCUCCCAAAAGAUUUCGAGAAGGGUUACAAGAACAACAUUAAAAAGGAUGAAAGUGAACAUGAAUUUUAUAAAUAAAGAUGUAUAAAUUAUGAUUCGUAUAAAAUUGGUAUUAAACUUUGUGUAAUUGCA